ACCAAUCAGAAAGCUGGUAGCUUAGUCAGGGCGGGGUCAGACUUGUAGGUGCGGCGAGAAGAUCGAUCAUCUAUUCGUGGACUUUGAGGAGAAUGUACUAAAAAACAUCCGACUGACAGUGCAGGAGAAGACUCAUGCGGGACGGAGAAUGAUUUUUCACAGCUAUUUUUAUGUUCAGGUUGUUUUAGGACGACUCUCUUGAGAAUAUCGAAGGAACCGUGUUUACAUAACACGGCGAGAAGCAGCCUGUUUCCACGGUGGACCGAUAGCAGAAACAAUUUGAAUUGACAGGCUAGUUAAUCCCUCUGCUUCUUGCUAUUCAUUCAGAGUGCAGGUAGGCUAUACAGAAGCGUUGUAGUGCAUCAUUAUACACGCUUUUUUCAGAAAAACCAGUUAUACAACGCAAAACGAGAUUACUGCCUGUCAGCGGACUGGGUCCUAAAGCCCACCGGCUUGCACAUCUUGCCCAAAUGAUUCAGCAGCCUAUACUGUUUUUAAAUUCUUCGACAUUAUGGAAAAAGUUCUGUUAGAACAAGGUUAAUUGCAAACUUGGACUGCGUCACUAAAGAGCAACGAGCCGUAUGCUUAAACAGCAUACGAGCUGAAAAACAUACUUUUAUUUUGACAUUUGGAUUCCCUGUGAUCUGGUUUGACCUCCUUCGAUAUAUUUUUUGUAAUCAAACAGUGAGUUGGAGUAAGAAAAUAGACUUAAAUAACACAAAGGAAAACUAGGACUCGUCCACUUGAGUAAUGGUCAUUAAUACGAUCCACUGGUUCAGGAAGGGCUUGCGGCUCCACGACAACCCGUCGCUGAAGGACUCCCUGCUGGGGGCGGAUACUGUCCGCUGCGUCUACAUCCUCGACCCCUGGUUCGCAGGAUCCUCCAACGUUGGCAUCAACAGGUGGAGGUUCUUAUUGCAGAGUUUGGAGGACUUGGACUCCAGCCUCCGUAAACUCAACUCUCGACUGUUUGUGAUCCGAGGCCAACCCACUGAUGUCUUUCCCAGACUCUUCCAGGAAUGGAAUAUUUCUCGUCUGUCCUUUGAGUACGACUCGGAGCCCUUCGGGAAAGAACGAGAUGCAGCCAUUAAGAAACUGGCCUGUGAGGCUGGUGUGGAGGUGACUGUCCGCAUCUCCCACACACUCUACGACCUGGACAAGAUCAUAGAGUUAAAUGGGGGUCAGUCACCUCUGACCUACAAGCGGUUCCAGACCCUCAUCAGCAGGAUGGAUGCGGUGGAGGAGCCUGCAGACUCCAUCACGGCGGACAUCAUGGGGAAGUGCAGGACGCCGCUGUCCGAGAACCACGAUGACAAGUUUGGUGUCCCCUCAUUGGAGGAGCUGGGUUUUGAUACUGAAGGUCUGUCCUCCGCUGUGUGGCCGGGGGGAGAAACAGAGGCCCUCACACGACUCGAGAGGCAUCUGGAGAGGAAGGCGUGGGUGGCCAACUUCGAGCGUCCCAGAAUGAACGCCAACUCGCUGCUCGCCAGCCCGACCGGCCUCAGCCCGUACCUGCGCUUCGGCUGCCUCUCCUGCCGCCUCUUCUACUUCAAACUCACCGACCUGUACAAGAAGGUGAAGAAGAACAGCUCCCCCCCCCUCUCGCUCUACGGCCAGCUGCUGUGGCGUGAGUUCUUCUACACGGCAGCCACCAACAACCCCUGCUUCGACACGAUGGAGAGCAACCCCAUCUGUGUUCAGAUCCCGUGGGACCGGAACCCCGAGGCGCUGACCAAGUGGGCGGAGGGCCGCACAGGCUUCCCCUGGAUAGACGCCAUCAUGACGCAGCUGAGGCAGGAGGGCUGGAUCCACCACCUCGCCCGGCACGCCGUCGCCUGCUUCCUGACCCGGGGGGACCUGUGGAUCAGCUGGGAGGAGGGCGUGAAGGUGUUCGAGGAGCUGCUGCUGGAUGCAGACUGGAGUGUGAACGCAGGCAGCUGGAUGUGGCUCUCCUGCAGCUCUUUCUUCCAGCAGUUCUUCCACUGCUACUGCCCGGUGGGCUUCGGCCGACGCACAGACCCCAACGGAGACUACAUACGGCGCUACCUGCCCAUUCUCAGAGGCUUUCCAGCCAAGUACAUUUAUGAUCCCUGGAACGCUCCAGAAGGUGUGCAGAACGCAGCCAAGUGUAUCAUUGGAGUGCAUUAUCCCAAACCCAUGGUGAACCACGCAGAGACCAGCCGGCUCAACAUCGAGAGGAUGAAGCAGAUCUACCAGCAGCUGUCCUGCUACAGAGGCCUCGGUCUUCUGGCUUCAGUUCCCUCCAUCUCUAACGGUAACGGAGAGACGUCCUCUGAAGGGAUGGGGUUGUCUGCUGAUGGUACACACAACGCUGCUGCAGCUCCAUCUGGCCAUCAGAUGGGCAUUCCCUCGCAGGGAGACUGGCAGAGCGGCGUCAAUGAGUUGAUGCAGGGGGAGACGCAAACCAGCAGCAGCUCACAGCAGCAGGGUUAUGGAGGCAACAGUAGCAGUAUGCUGUGUUACAGCCAAGGUGUACAGAAAAUUCAGAAAGGACCUGAACACCACGUCUCCACUCUGUCAGGUGGGAAAAGACCCUGCGAGGACCCCAGGAAUGGCAGAGGCUCUAAAAUCCAGAGACAGAGUACACACUAAACGAGUAUUUGCACACAGCCAAUAAAAAAUGGACGUUAAGACUUACAUUUUUGUCCCAGCACUUGACUGUUGCACUUUAACAGGAGCAUCAUUAAACACACUAACCGGACUGAAUAUUAUCAUGUGGACAUCAAAGCACUGCGACGCACUGACGACUCUGAAGCGACUGUGUUCUUAUCUUUAGGUUAACGUAGUCGUGACAACAGUCCGUGUGUAUAUAAUGAAUUUGCUAAUUUGACAUACAACUUGUACAUAUUUGAAUAUUGUAUGUUGCGUUUUCUCUCUAUGUAGCCAUAGACCCAUUGAUAUAUUUUUGAUAUAUGAAAUCAUUGUGGAUGGACCUUUGUUUUUUUUGAACAUUUUGAAUAAAACAACCUUUUUAAAAUGUCCAUUCAAGAGUGAAACAAUUUGAUAAAUCUUGUAUCUACCCUAAUACAGUUGCCUGUUCUCUCACUUAUUCGACUAUCUAAUUUGACUCCUUUUUAAGCCGUACAAGAUGUCUAUCAACAAGUGUUUCAAUCAUUACUUUUCUCUUUCUGCUACUGAUUUUAACCUCAACACUGCAGAGGCCAUAUCAGUGUUUUAUCAAGUUGUUGCCAGAUCAACCGUUACUGAUUAAAGGCGACAGAAAUACAUAUUCUUCAAAUCUG